CUUGCACUAGGCGACAACGGGUUCUCCCCUGAGAUACCGCACGUUUUCUUUUGACACCCUGAUUCAUCUUGCUUCUUUGUCAUGCGAACUGGACCUGGACGGUCCGGCCUGUCGCCGAACCACAAUAGCCUGAGACCUUGCCGCUUCUUUGGGAGUUAGUUCAUUCGAAUCAACCCUUUGCGCGCUCCACAGACAGUACUAUGUCAUAUUCAUCCCUCGACUAUCACAUUAAUGACGGCCCUUGAUGCUCUUAGCGCCGCGUGAGAUCCUCUGAAGUCUGUUACUGGACCCAAAUCCUGGGGCUCUAGUGGUAAUUGGAUCUGCCCAUGUUACAGUUCGCGACAAAUUGCAAUGUCUCGAUAUCCCUUGUGGUAACCACCAGCUACCAGCUUCAACAAGCGAGAAUAUGGAUCGUGCAUAGUCUGUAAAAGUUGUAUAAGUACGGCUGUAGUUUCUGCCUUCGAUGCUCAGUUCUUUUCCUCAUCAACCAACAGCUCAACAGUUCAAUCCUCACUUCUCUUCCACACUCUCCUUAACAAACUUCUUUAAUCGUUUUUAACUUUUAAACACCACCUUUCCAACCUUCAAAAUGCAGUUCAUCUCUGUCGUCGCUCUCUUCGCCGCUGCCGCCAUGGCUUCUCCCACCCCUCGCACUACCCAAGCCGGUACUUGCAACGUUGCUGGUGUCCUCUAUGGUCAGGCUCAGUGCUGUGCCACCAACGUUCUCAACGUUGCUGCUCUUGACUGCAAGAACCCCACCGAGGGCGACAGCCACUAUUUCACUUGCGGCAGCGAGAAGCCCUCUUGCUGCAGCAUCCCCGUUGCCGGCCAGGGUCUUCUCUGCAAGGAUGCCAUCCUCCUCUAAGAAGCUCGCCCGUAGACGGUUGCUGCUCGCAGCACCGAACAGCAGUAGGAUGCCAACUUUGGCAUCUUAACACUUCGGAGGAUUAUAUUGGACUUUCAACUUCAACUGUGUACAAUUCACACAAUCUAGUUCAUAGAUUACUUCAAUACCUAAUAAACUAAUGUUGUAUACAACUAGCUGGGUUUUUUC